AUGUUUCAUGGAACAAUCACAAAAGAGCUUACCAGUCAUGAAGAAUGGAGCCACUACAAUGAAAAUAUCAUAGAAGAUCAGAAAGACUUUGUGUUUGUAAAGUAUAAUGGCCUCCAUCUGAAGUCCAUGGAGAACCUGCAGUCCUGUAUCUCCCUGAGGGUGUGCAUCUUCUCCAACAACUUUGUCACUGAUAUCCAGCCACUGCAGAACUGCAUAAAGCUCAUCAAACUUGAUCUCCAUGGAAACCAGAUAAAGACUCUUCCAGACCAAAAUUUUUGGGGUGGACUCAAGAACCUAAAACUCCUCUAUCUCCAUGACAAUGGUUUUUCCAAGCUGAAGAACAUCUGUGUGUUAGCUGCGUGUGCAAGCCUUAUCGGGCUGACCAUGUUUGACUGCCCCGUGAGUCUUAAGAAAGGCUACAGGCAUGUUCUUGUCAACAGUAUCUGGCCUCUCAAAGCCCUGGACCACCACAUUAUAUCUGAUGAAGAAAUCAUUCAGAACUGGAAUCUUCCAGAGAGAUUUAAAACAUUCAACCACAGGCUAUUCUUUAACCUUUGCCCAGCAUUGAUAAAGGGUACAACUUAUGAGGAUGAAAUUAAUAAUAUCAAACAUAUGAUUUCAAGGAUCAAUGGGAUUCUGGCUCAUAACUCACCAGUGUUGAUUAUUCAGAGGUGGAUUCGAGGUUUCAUAGUUAGGAAACGCUUGAGCCCCUAUUUUACACGUAAAAGGCCUCAGGAGAAAAUAAUUAGGGUACUUGAAACAAAAUGGAUCUGCAUAGGUGGAAGACAUGAAGACAAAUUCUUGGAGGAUAUCUUCCUUUGCAAGCCUGAAUCUAAUAUAAAAGGGAAGGUUGCACAUUGGAAACAAAUGAAGUAUACUCCUGAUGACUUUAAAUAUACUACUGACUACAGAAAACGCAUUUCCUGUCUACCAUAUGAAUUAAAAACAAAAGAUACUGACACAAAACUAAAAACACCAAGCCAUCACAUUCAGAAAGGUCAGAAGGCGUCCAAAGCUGAGGAAGAGGACGAAGAAGUAGACACUAGGUUUAGGUUAUCUACCAUGAAGAUUCCUUUAUAUUCUCCUAGAUCGCUCAAGUAUGGUGCAGUGUUGAAGGAGAUGAAACGGGACUACUUCCCAGACUAUCUCCAGCCUCUUCCAGCUACUCGGCCAAAGCCACCCAUUAUAAGACUGCCACUAAAGGAGCUGAGGGAAAGGAGAGAGUUUUUAGCCACACAGAGGGCGGGCUUGGAGCUCCAGGCCUUUAAAGACCUUGAUAAAUACCACUCAGACCGAAAGCACCAAGAAAAGCAAGCAGAAAAAUCGACCAUUGUAGUCAUGGCACAGAUUGACCAGCAAAGAGCUAGGUUCAGCAUAAGAGAGACUUUAAGGAGGAAAAUGUAUAUGGCACAAAGGCAGAUGGAAAAGGAUAAUGAGAUGAUCCAGAAAGGCUUACGGCAAAUUUGGAGGAAAAAACUUGCCUAUCUUGAAAAAGUUAGAGAGCGGAAGACCAUGUUUUUAGCUGAAAAAAAGCUAAAUGCUCUUGACCAUUCCUUAGUGCAGAACAUUAACAAUGAGCGGGCCCUUCUGCUCAGAGGGAUCUUUCAAGUUGACAGAAUGAAGAAAAACAUGAAUGAGUUAGAACAGAAGCAACAUAUUGUUAACGAAAAACGGAAUGCAGAAAAGUAUAAGCAGAGUUUGCUCAGGCAGCUGAAGGAGCUCAGGACUGAAGAAAUUCGUAGAAGACAUGGUGAAGAGAAAUUUGUUAUUGAUACACUCAUCUUUCAAAAAGCCUGUGCAAGACUAGAGGACGCUAAAGCAAAGGCUGAGUUUAUUAGGACAAAUUACACAUCUAAGUCUCUUAAAAGAGAAUAAGAAUGAACCAGUACCAGUUCACAGCUGAUGAUAAUUGUAAAUUGUGGCCCUAUCUUUAUUGAAGGCAUCUUGAAAUAAUACUUGGAGGACAUGCUCUACACAAGUGUGUCCAGGCAUGAAUGUGUUCAAGUUGAA